AUUCACCAUUCUAAAAUCCCAAAUUAGGGUUUUAUAGCCACCCCCUUCAAAACCUGUUCUUUCAGCUGAAGGUCAGGUCCAUAACAAACAAUGGCGGGCGGUUCACGAGCUCAACAUAACAAAUCUCACAAAACUCGUUUUGCUUCUAAAGCUUCUCGCAACCUCCACAAAACUUCUGUCAAAGAUAAGAGUAAAAUCAACAAACCUGAUCGAAAUGCAAUGAAGGGAGCUCGGGCUGCUCGGCUACAACGUAACAAAAUGAUAAGAGAGCAUAAGAGGGCAGCCCUUGUGAAAGAGAAAAGGGCUUCUAGCGGAACAACUAGUGCACCCCGUAUUAUUGUUUUAUUUGGACUAUCCGCUUCUACAAGUGUUAGCCUGGUAGCAAGGGAUCUUUUGGCAUUGUUGUCAAAUGAUACUAAUGGAACUCAAUUUCCAGCAGUUGCAUCAUCCGAGUAUAGACUAAGAGCAACAGUCCUAGAAGCACCUCAUGGUGAUCUAAUGGCAUGCAUGGAGAUGGCCAAGAUUGCAGAUCUGAUUGUUUUUGUGGCUUCUGCUAAAUGUUCAAGUGAGCAAGGUAGCUCCAAUUAUUACAUUGACAAAUUUGGUUCUCAGAGUCUAUCCGUGUUCAGAUCUCUUGGCUUCCCAAGUUCUGCUGUUUUUCUUCGUGAUUUGCCUUCUGAUUUAAAGAAAAGAAAUGAUAUGAAGAAGACAUGCAUUUCUAGCCUUGCUUCCCAAUUCCCUGAAGAUUGUAAGGUCUACCCAGCAGAUACAAAAGAUGAUUUGCACAAGUUCAUGUCGCUCUUCAAGGAGCAAAGGAUCACAAUACCCCAUUGGCGUACCCAACGACCGUACCUCAUGGCUCAGAAGGUUGACAUGGAGGCUGAUGGAUCUGGAAAAUGCACUCUUCUUGUAACUGGUUAUCUUCGUGCUCGCAAUCUUUCAGUGAAUCAGCUGGUGCAUGUAUCGGGUGCUGGGGAUUUUCAGUUGGGCAAGAUUGAACUUCUCAAUGAUCCAUGUUCAUUAAAUGUGAAAAAAGAAGGGGAUUUGAUGGAUGCGGAUGAGGUUGAUGGUUGUCAGGUUAUCAAAACUUUAGUUCCAGAUCCUAUGAAUCAAGAGCCUUUACUUGUUGAAAAUGUACCGGAUCCUCUGGAAGGGGAACAGACAUGGCCAACAGAGGCAGAGAUGGCAGAAGCUGAUAGAGUACACAAGGAAAAAAAGCAAAAAAAGAGGUUACUUCCUCGGGGUACUUCUGAAUAUCAGGCUGGUUGGAUAGUGGAUGAUUCCGAUGUCUCUGGUACAGAUAGUGAUGAUGCUGGUUCAGAUGAUGGUAUGGUAGUUGAUGAAGAACACGACCUCCAUCGUCAAGGUGAUGGUGGGGGAUUUGACCUCGAAGAUGACCAGGCUUCACUCAAGCUAAGGGAUUCAGAUGACGAAACUGAGGCUGAUUCAGUGAUGAUGGAUAAUGACAACUUGACGAAGGAGCAGAUAGAAGAAGAUAUCCGAAAGAUAAAAGAGGCACAUGCUGAAGAUGAAGAGUACCCGGAUGAAGUGGAUGCUCCAGUAGAUAUUCCUGCUCGGAAACGAUUUGCUAAAUACAGAGGCUUAAAAUCGUUCCGGACUUCUGCAUGGGACCCUAAAGAAUCUCUACCUCCUGAAUAUGCACGAAUUUUUGCAUUCGAUAAUUUUAAUAGAACACAGAAGCACGUUCUUUCUAAAGCUCGGGAUAUGGAACAAGGAAGUUUAGAUGAAUGUGUACCUGCAAAUUCUUAUGUGACACUUUACAUCAGAGAAGUCCCAGUUCAUAUUGCUGCAAACCUAUGCAUUCUGUCAAAGACGACGCCAGUCAUUACAUGUGGUCUCUUGCAACAUGAAUCAAAGAUUUCUGUUCUUCACUUUAGGAUAAAGAAGCAUGAAACAUAUAGUGAACCCAUAAAAGCCAAAGAAGAACUAAUAUUUCAUGUUGGCUUCAGACAGUUUGUAACAAGACCGACUUUUGCGUCUGACAAUUUCAAUUCAGACAAACACAAGAUGGAAAGAUUUCUUCAUGCAGGUCGCUUUUCUAUAGCUUCAGUUUAUGCUCCGAUUUCUUUUCCUCCUCUUCCACUGAUUGCGUUCAAGAGGAGAGGUGAUUCUCUUGCACCUGUGUUGGCUGCUGUCGGCUCAUUAAACAGUAUUAACCCUGAUAAGAUUAUCCUAAAGAAGAUCAUCUUAACUGGUUAUCCUCAACGUGUUUCUAAAUCAAAAGCUGCAGUAAGAUAUAUGUUCCAUAAUCCAGAGGAUGUGAAGUGGUUCAAGCCUGUGGAAGUUUGGACAAAAUUGGGUCGCCGUGGUCGCAUUAAGGAGCCCGUUGGUACACAUGGUGCAAUGAAGUGCAUAUUGAAUGGUGUACUCCAACAGAACGAUACUGUGUGCAUGAGUUUAUUUAAGCGAUCAUAUCCCAAGUGGCCCGAACAUUGGUUCCCGAUGUCCACUUGACCUUCACUGUGUGUUCAUAAAUGUUCCCCCCGUGAGUGAUAGCUCAUGGAAGACGAUGUGUGUUCAACACUGAUGGAAUGAAGCUUUGGUUCAGAUUGGUUACCUGGCUGCUGCCACCGUGAUCUCUUCCCCCAUUUUCCUGCUUAAUGUAGGGUGAUGGAAAAGUUUUGGUGUAUAUUAUCUUUAACUUAUGUCCUUUUCAAUAUAAUAUAUAACUUUGAACGGUAUUUGGGGUUUACACCCAUCAAGAUUCUUUUAGCUAAUGGUAUUCCAAUUGUUUGCUCAAA